AUGGAUCCCGCGGUCUUCCCGGAGGAAAUUUGGAUAAAGAUUUUAUUAUACUGCGACGUACCUGACAUUAUUGCGUUCGGCAGCACCUGCAAAUACCUGAGGAAAACGUCGGACACGGAUUACCUGUGGAAGAUGAAAUGGCUGCAGUUAAUCUCGAAGGUGCACUUUAAAUUCCCGGACAUAAAAUGCUUGCAAUUGCUCAGCGUCAGCUUUAAAGCUAUGUGCUACAGACUGCACAUGGUGAUAACGUUGGGGGAGAACGCACCUUUCCCAAAGUGUUACCACUGUAGUGGUUACACGUGUCAGAGAAAUUGCGUCGAGGGCUCCAGCGCCAAGGUGGUGAUCGAGAUCGGCAAUAAGUACACCUGGGUCAUCACCCCGUACUUCGGACUGAGGCGACACUUCUCCAUGUUCGGCAUUCCGAAGUACAAUAACAAGACCCACGUGGAGCAGGCGCAGACUCAGAACGUUCCGAGCAGCAGCACGCGCUCGAAGUCCGACACGAAGUCGUUGGCGAAGAGAUUGAAGCUGUUGAAGCUGCCGGAAUUGGCGACCGCUAAGAUCCCGCGACCGAGCGGGCCGUUCUGCGUUUUCUGCAAUCCCGUGAAGCUGUACAGGGAGAAGCGAAGAUUAACCACGCAUCAGAAUGAUCCGAUGUGCUAUACCAGGCCAAAUCCAAUAUAUCAGAAGCUCAUAAAUGGUUAUUGCACCGAUACGGUGGAAGUGCUCGGCAUUCCAAACGUGGAUGUUGUGAGCCCGGCAGAGGCCCUCCUGUGCGAAGGCACGUUCCCAGUUCUCAAAACCUUUAUCGAUCAUUUGUUUCACCAGAUGAGCUUGACCGCGACGCUCAGAAAGCCGAAUACGGUACUCAUGUUUUGUGAACCGUUGGCGAUGCAUCCCACCUUGAGAAAACAGUUAUUACAUUACUUAUUCCAGGAAGUUAAAGUAGCAAGAGUAUGUCUGGUACCGAAGCCUCUAGCAGCAUGUGCUAUGCUGGAUGUGGAAACCUGUGUAGUAGUCGAUAGCGGUGCUCUGAGCACAACGGUGGCUGUUGUAAUCGGAGGACGGGUUAUGCCACAGCGCUGGAGACUUUUGCCUGUGGGUGGUUGGCACGUUGCCUAUCACUUGAAACAAGCUAUGUACUGGCAACCGAAAGAAUAUCAUCAAAUUCCUAUAUCCUAUCUAGACAUUUUGGCUGUUAAAGAAAGAUGCAGGCUGAGUUACAAUAUUAAAAACGAAGAGAAACGUCUGGGACAGAAGGCGAGAGAGCAUAUUAAUCUUCGAGUUGAUAGCUAUGCGGACUACAAGCAGUUUUGGAGAGUCUCAUUAGGGCCAGAGUUGUACAUAGCUCCUGAAAUGAUGUAUAUCAGCCUGCGUUUGCCCGAAGUUAUAAAGGAUGUAACGUCAGGAUUACCGGAAGAUAUAAUGCAAGAUUGUCUUUCACAUAUUCUACUUACUGGUGGGAAUACAGAUCUUGCGGGUUUCGAACUAAGACUCACCAAGGAUCUACGUGAGCUAUUGCCAGAGUAUAGCAGGAUUUUGGAGGUGAAAAGCUGUCCUGGUACGCAUAGUUGGAAUGUCGCAAUGGGAUCUACAUAUGUGCCUUUAGCUGUGCAUCCUGAUAAAACUCCGCCGGAAUAUACUGAAGGUAAUCCAUUUUGGCUGUCACGAGAAGAAUACGUAUUGUUUGGAUGUGAAUCUCUGGAACACAGUAACGAAGGUAUAAUAGGUGACGCCUUAUAAUAUGAAUGCCUCACUUACUGCUUAACCGUAAGAUGUGCGGAUAUAUGAUGCAUGAUGGCGGGAAAGUAAAUGUUACCAUCAUUAAGUAUAUUUUCUCUUACAUUGACUAUAAAUUGGAAAAAUACUUUAGAUAAUUAAAGGGGCCUGAAAUACAUUCCAAAAUGUGACUAUCAUGUUCACGCUAUUUAAGGGCACCUAAAUGUGUUUUUCUCAAAUUUUGCUAUUUAAGAUUUCUUUAUUAGCAUAGUAUGUAACAGAUAUAUACUAGAUGUUCCAUUUUCACAUAUAAAAAGUAGACUCUCCAAAAUGAAAUAAGUUAAUGAAAAUUUCUAUUUUAACCUAUUAAUUUUUGUUUCAAAAUUCUAUUAAUAAAUAUAUAAAUUCUUUUAUGUUUCAAAUGGUUAAAAAAUUUAUUUUGUGCUAUCUGUUAUCUUUUUCUUAAUAGUUUACAGGUAGAUAGAGGCUUUAUAUCUACUUUGACUUUAGAUAUAUAUAUAUACAUAUGUAUGUAUUGUAUGUACCUUGAUAAUAUUAUAAAGUGGAUAAAAUAAAGCGAACUCGACAACUCUUGUUUCCAUAUGUUCUAUACAAAGAAUGAAUUUAUUUUAUAAAUUUAAAGGGACAUCUUGUAUAUAUGCUCUAAAACUGCCCCUAUAUUAACUUUUAAACUUAUGGCAUUUAAAUUUCCACAUAUUAAAAAGAAUUCAUUAUCUAUUAGUACUUUAGGAUAUCAUGGAGCUUUGUAUAAGAGUAAUUAAUACAAUGUUGCAAUGUACUUUGGUACAUUCGUUACUAAUUCUAUCAGGACUAUCAUCCAGCACCUGAUACCGUUCAGUGCAAUGUUAUAUGUUGAUGGCAUAAAUGUUUUAAAGUUGCAGUAUAAAAUUUGAGUGCCAUCUGAGCAUAUUUAGAUUAUAAAACCAUUUACUUUUAUGUGUACAUAGCACAUGCAAUGGAUUGUUUUGUAAAUAUAGAGUAAACAAAGCUGCUUAAAUUGAAAAUGUACAUAUUAUUAUGUAAACGAUAAACGUCAAGCAAGUAUUAUAUAAUGCUAGAUAUAGUAUUUCCAGAAAUUGUUCACUAUUUCGUACAUUUAUAUCACAGAAAUCUUGCCAAAAGAAGUAUGUGUAUGUUAAAAAGAGAAAACAUAUAGCAACAUUUCUAGUCACUUUAGAUAUUGAUAGCUUUUAAAUUUAGGUUCGGUGACGCGAGAGAUUUCUCUUCCAGAAUGAAGUAAAUAAUCGCACUAGCGACCUGUAAUAAAUAAUAAAAAGAACAAUGAAUCUUUAGAUUAUACAUUUAUGAAAUGUAUGAAUACUGUUAUAUUUUUUUUGUUAAUGAUAUAAAUUUAUGUAUAAGUUAAGAUAUAAUUAUUGAUAUGAUUACUCAUAAGAUAUUUCAUUAAGAGACUGUAAUGAAUUUGAUAGCCGUAAUUAGAGCACAUAUUGAGAUGAGUUAAAUUAUUAUUUAGAUAAAAAUAUGUAAUGUGUAGCUAGUAUAAAGCAACUAAUUAAAAAAAAUAGUAUUGUAAAUGCUAUGUUAUAACUGAUGUUUCUAUUAAACAAAAUAUCUAUCUAAA